AUGGUUCGCACGUAUGCAGAAGAUCGGCUGGUGUUCAAAGCCCACGUGGGGGAGCGCAAGCUGAACGUGUCGCGUAACACCGCCAAGACUUGCGGGCUGCGCCAUUGCCGAACGUGGACGCCUGAAUCUCUCAAAGUAUGCGCCAAGUGCCGGAACAUCUUCUACUGUUGCCCGGAACAUCAGCGUGAAGACUGGAAGCGACACAAACCGAUGUGUAUAGCUCAUCGAAGCACAGAAGCGCGAGCUAUGGCAGCUACACCAAAUAAUCUCCCACCGGGAGUCACGUCUCUCAUGCAACUGAAGGACAUCUUGGAAGACUUCGCCAAACUACACGAGCGUGCUUUGGCUAGUAUAAUCGGCCGAGCGCUGGCUUUCCGUCGUGGCAAGAAGCGUCUCCCACUCGACUUCAGAACUGAAUAUAUAGGCUUCUGGGUACGCUGGCGCGGCGAAGAUCUUAGUCCUGCGAAUACCUUUGAAGUCUACGAGGGCGAUUUAAUGGACGCUGAUACGCUGCCCGACGUCCUGAAGGAGAGAUUUACGGAUUUCACAGAACGUGUUGUUCAGCCGAAUAUCAACUCUGCCAACGAGAAGUUUGACGACUUGCUGACGCUCGUCCCUGUUCUUUUUACUAUCAACACUCUGACCUAUAUGACCUCGGUCGCUUUGCACAAGCCGCAUUGGCAACAGGAGCCGAGUUCUCUUCCAAUCUGGGCCGAGUUGGAGAAGUACGCGUCGAUCGGUGUCGUCGCUAGGAGAUUCGUUACUACAGAUGCGGAGACAUUCCAUGAUCAGUGGGGAACAAUGGUUCGCCGAGGAGAUGAGUGGCAUUGGCAGAAGAGCGAGGGAUCUGUGGAUAACUUACGGAAUAAGCAGCUGGUGCGCGAGCGUGCAAAGGCAAUGAAGCGUGCAGCUGCAGCAGGUAUCACUCGCACGUCUGACUGGGAGUCGCCGGCUGCAUCUGCCUUCGCCGGAAGAGCAGAAUCGUCGGACGCAGGGGAAGUAAGUGAAGUUACAGAGGACGAUGAUACAAGUCUGGCGUCAGCGAUGCAGAAUCAGUCUAUCUGA